UUUGUUAAAAAAUUAAAAACCUAUCCUGAUUCUGGAUGGUCUUCAACUCAUUUGACUAAUUUGUUACAUCUGUGUGACAAAAUUGAACCAGAACUUGGCAUAUCUGAAAUUGUAGAAAAUACAAAUCCAAAUGAACAAUACCUCCUUGAUUAUGGAACAUUUCUCAUGACUCAUCACUCAUUAUGGCAAGCUGGUGUCACUUACUUAGAUUACUGUUCAACUGUUGGUAAAGAACAUCUAUCAAUGUUGUUGUCAAAGUUGGGAAUAACAUCAGAUUUGAGAGUGUCAAAAAUUUUACAUUAUGCUACGGCCAAGCGUUUACAUAAUGUUGUUUCUAGUGUUUGUAAAGUGAAAGGAAUGUUAAGCUUACAAAAAUUAAGAAUUGGUGAAGCUCUGUGUUGGGCAAUAAGAGGCCAAGACAGUGGUUUUGCCACAUAUUUAGGUGAUCUCUACUUGAAAGAAUAUGUUAAGAGUGGAUCCUUUGCUUGUCCAGAUAUACUGGACAAUUUAGGAUCAAUUGUUGUCACUUGUGAUCGUUUUAUGUUUAUUGGAAAGUAUAUACAAUUUCUUAAGCUUGCUAUUGGUAAUAAACUCAGCGAGGCCGCAUCAUUAUACAUAGAACUUUUAAGAUCUAAUAUUUGUCCAAAAUAUUUUAGACUAACAUUAUUAAUGGAUGUUCUGAUGUUCAUUGACGACAGUAAUAAAUGUUACUUUAAUAUUGGUGACAUAUCUCUAAUAAAAAUGCGCUUGGAUGAUACCAUUACGGAAAGUAAUGAAGAUAAUGAAUCUACUGAUCAGUUUUUAUUGAACCAAGUGUCUAAUAUUCGUCAAGGUAUUGUUAAACUUGUAUCUAUAAGUUUAAUAAGAAAAAAAAUGAUUGCUUAACAAUAUACUUUUGUAUUAAGAUUUUUAUUUAAGUAUUUACUAUGUU